UCUUGAUCAUAUCAAUAAAAUCUAGUGUCAUAAUAAAAAUCAUUGUUGGCAUUAAAACUCUUUACAGUUCAUAACCUUUAUUCAAAUCAUCUUUAAAUCUUGCCUCCUCUUUAUGAGAUACUUAGGAUAACUGUUAUCUUGGUUUUACAGGAGAGAAGAUCUUAGCUCAGAGCUUAAAGGGUUUUGACCUAGAAUUCACAACUAGAAAUGCAGAAUCAGGACUUGAGCCUCGGUCUUCUAGUUGCUAAUGCAGUGAGCAAUAAAGGUCAAAGAAAGCCUCCUCCCACCCCAGUUGUUUUGUUUUUGUUUUUGUUUUUUUUGACUGGAUGUCUUUGCAAGCUGAAAAGGCCUAAAGAUAUUUUAAGGAGAACUUUAUUAUUAGGAUUGGCACAGUGAUUUCCAAGUAGCCACUGUGAGGCCCAAUAAUGACCAUACCAACACCACUUUGCCCUCCUUUCCCCCUCCAGGAGUAUGAGGUGCUGGUUUAACAUCCACUGCAGUAAUUCUGAAACAAAACUGCCAAUCCUGGAAGUAAGCCUGAUGUCUCCCUGCUCUGGGGAGAUGUGGUUUGGGUCCUUUAAAAGCAGACUCCCAAUUAAGUUCCACCUCUAGGCAGGCUUCAUCAAGCUAUAGGCCUAGACACCGUGAAGUGGAGCAGAAGUCACGUUCUGCAGCCUUUUUUGGAAAUCUUAAAUAUUCACUGUGCCCUUCUAACCAGAGUAAGAAGCAAGUCCUUCUUGCCCAGAAACUCUGCGGGGGUGCUGAGUUGCCUCUGUAAGAACACCUCUGGGGGCUGCACAUCCCCUUUGAGAUAAGUGUGGGUAAGGCAGAUGACCUGGCCUUGUGCCUUGAUGGUUUUUUCACUUCUUGGGAACCUUUUUUUUUAAGAUUUUAUUUAUUUGAAAGAGAGAGGGAGAGAGAAAGCAGGAGGAGAGGGAGAAGGAGACUCCCCGCUGAGCAGGGAGCCUGACGCUGGGCUCGAUCCCAGGACCCUGAGAUCAUGACCUGAGCUGAAGGCAGAUGCUUAACUCAGCGAGCCACACAGGUGCCUCUCUUGGGAACCUUCUAUUGGUUCUUUCUCUCCUUUUUUUUUUUGAAAUGUUUCUCUGAUACUAAUAUUUGAUUUGAUUUCUGACUUAAUUUUUGUCUCCCAACCUUUUUUCUUUUUUCAUUUAAUAUGAGGUUUUCCAUGACUUUGAGGUUCUGAGCUGCUGUUGAUGUGCUGUACCUCCUUCAAUUCUCAGCUUUCAAAGGGGAAAACUACUACAGAGGAUCGGAAAUGCUCUACUGCCGCAGCUGGAAACACCCACAGGAAAAUUACCAAUUUUGAGCUUGUUCAACUGCAAGAAAAACUGAAGGAGACAGAGGAAGCUAUGGAAAAAUUAAUCAACAGAGUGGGACCUAAUGGUGAGAGCAGAGCACAGACUGUGACUUCUGACCAAGAAAAACGGUUGCUGCAUCAGCUCCGAGAAAUCACCAAGGUCAUGAAAGAAGGAAAAUUCACUGACAGGCCCACUCCAGAGAAAGAAGCUGAGGAGGCCCCUUACAUGGAGGACUGGGAAGGUUACCCUGAAGAGACUUACCCAAUUUAUGACCUUUCAGAUUGCAUCAAGCGUAGGCAAGAAACAAUCCUGGUGGAUUACCCUGACCCCAAGGAGCCCUCUGCUGAAGAACUAGCUGAAAGAAUGGGAGUGCUGGAAGGUGAAGAAUCAGAUCAUUUGGGUUGGGAAAUGCCCACUGACCCCGGAGCCGGGGAAGAGAAUUCUGUUACCUCAUGUGACGCACAGCCACAAACCUGUUCCUGCUGUUUUCAUGAAGAAGAGGAUCCUGCGGUCUUGGCAGAGAAUGCUGGAUUCGGUGCAGACACUUACACUGAGCAAGAGGAAACCACCAAAGAAGUAUGGCCCCAAGACUUCAGAGAUGAAGGCCUGGGCAUCAGCCCUGAUAAAGUAUAUACAGGUGGCACAUUGAGGAAGCGGAACCCCCAGGUUCUGCUUUAGUUGGUUUGGAGAAGUAUCCAUUACUCUAGCUCCAAGGUGACCUUUCUCUCCUCUCUGAUUUCAUCCUUGGCCCUGUGCCCUGAAUUUCAUUCUGUAUUUAAAUAUCCUAGCUAAUCAGGCCACUACCAUGGAUAUCGUGUAUCCUUCCUGGUGCUCACACACCUGUCACCUUGUAAAACACCAUAGCAAUUAGUAUGAACACAAUACAGCUUCACUCUUUCUCUUCAUGCCUUUCUUCCACCAGAGAGUUGAUCCACUGAGGAAUUAUGUUUGAUCUGUUGGGCACUCAGGGGCAGAGGUCUGACUUCGUGCUAGGAGGAGCAGCUGGUUUACCUGUGACCAAACAUUAGUUUACACGUGAUGAGGACUUAAGGCUGCAAAAGUGAAGAUUAUAGAGUCCAGGAUGCCUUACUCUGUGGGCCUUGCGCAGGUUAGCGGUCCCCUGGGUUCAAGAAGAGAACAUUUUGUUAGUGGGUAUGAUGGGGCCAGAGCAGGGUAAGACUCUGCUGUGUGAACUGAAGAAGCCCCUUCCUCCCAGUGAGGGCCUUUUGGGGAGCACUGCUGCUGCCUCAGAUACCCGCUUUUCUCCAGAGUAGCAGAAGGCUCCCAGCGACCUGUGAAUGAGCCCAGAAACGAGUUGGGGGACUGUUACUCUGGUUUUGCUGGGUCUCUAGCUUCCUUUAUACCUGUUCUGUUUCACAGAACUGCCAGCCCAGAAGCACCAUUGUACCUCUGGCCUUCAGUGGCCAGAGGAAGCUUUAAAUAGAGAUUUUAAUCCUUGCCCUGCAAAGCCAAGGUUGGAGGCUGGGUGGUGGACCUCCACGAGACGGUCAGAGAGCGAGGAGUAGGGAGAGAAUCUAUGUACUUAAGGACAGCUAUUUCUAAUUGUUGUGCCCUCUGGGAAAUUUGUUCUUACCACCACAUGAAUUGAAACAGAAAUGAGGAGGACUGAACCUAUAGACAAAGUGCCAGCCCGAAAGGAAAGUUGCAGUGUGUCUGUUGCAGAGAACCUAUAGCAGUGCCCAGGGAAAGAGACUAUUCUAUAUUCAGGUAUCUGGGUCUUUUGAGAAAGCUGGGAAGGGGAGGAGGUUGGUCAAAAUCCUCCCAGUCUUAACCUCACUAAAGGCCUAAUUUCUAAGGGUGCCACCUGUCUUUUUUUUUUUAAGAUUUUAUUUGAGACACAGCAAGAGCAGGAAUACAAGCCCGGGGAGUGGGAGAGGGAGAAGCAGGCUCCCUGCUGAGCAGAAAGCCCAACGUGGGGCUAGGAUCCCAGGACCCUGGGAUCAUGACCUGAGCCGAAGGCAGAUGCUGAACGACUGAGCCACCCAGGCGCCCCUGUCAUCUGUCUUCUUGAGAUAAGAUGGCACCCAUGUAUCCUGUCUAGGAAGGAUGAGUGAAUUCAGUUUACAUGUAAGACCUGAGAGUUUAAAGAAGACACAUUCCCAGGAACAUUCCUCGUCAUGAAAUGUGGAAGACUUGAAAACUAAGAAAUGAUGUAAAGGUCGUUAGGGCUUUUGGAGUUCCAUUGUUCCUGGUCGACUAAAAUGCCAGGAAAAUAGCUAAAAUCAAACAUAUAGGCAUAUAGACUGCUGUCAGAAGGUUAUAGGAUCAUAUUUAGAUAACAUGUCAGCUAAUAGUAGGCAUUUCUUAAAUUAAUGAAAUUAACGUUUCUUGUUACAGAGAAAAGUCAUUGAAGACUAAGUCUGUAGGAAAAGUAUAUUGUAUCCAUCUGUGUGUGGAACCUUUGAUUCACUUUAGAGAGUAUAGUUUUAAAAUGUACUAGAAGUGAUCUAGAUGUAAUGCUCAAGGUAAAAAAAGAAUGUAGGUGCUCUUUA